GUUAUCACAGUUUUCACGAACUUUACAAAAUGGAGUGAUACUUUGUAUCUCGAAGAUAUAAUACCAAUAUUUUUAUAACCUUUUUUUAGAAACCCCAAGAAAUCGUUCCUUGAGAGAAAAUCCUAGAAACUAGGUAGCCAGCUUUUGAGGGAAUUUUCACAAAUCAUUUCCUUAUUUCAUUCCACAAUGGGAUAGUCGAGUGUAGGACCAUCAGUUCUUUCAAUUUCGAGAUGAGAAAUAUGGAUCAGUUUGACCAUCAAUUACUCUUGAAGGCUUAGACUGAACUCAAGAUCAAGGUCAUAGUCACAUUGUCAUAAAAGUGUUCUACAAAUAGUCGUUUUUAUCUAUUUGAAUUGUACUUGAGAAUUUCUGAUUUACCUUGAGACAGCAUCGAAAAUGAGCAUCAGAAAAGGCAGAAACGUUUACCAUGUCAUAGCUCCAAUUCUCGCCGUCUCAAAGCUAGCUGCAGUAUGUAACGUUAGACGAAUGAACAGUAAUAAUGCUGCUUUCAAGUACACAAAAUCACAAUUCAUGACUGUGAUCCAGGCAGCAAUUCUGAUCAUCUGCAUUCUUCACUUGGGAUUCGUACCUUAUGCUCUCAUAUAUUUGGAACAGCUAGAUCCAGGUACAGAAACUACGAACUCAACAGCAUUCAACCACCUUGGAGGUGAUUUAACAAGUCAGAAAUUCAUAACAAAAAUGGCCAACAUAGUUUUGCUCUCAUUUACAGCCAUUUUAGCUAGAUUAGCUAACACAGUGCAACUACCCAAAAUUUUUCCUAGCUUGAUUGAAGAUAUACAUGAUUUUGACAAAAUGGUUUUCAAUGCUAAUAAUGACUUUGCUUGGAACUUCGGACUAUCAGUUCUGUUGGUUCUGAUCUCUUGGCCAUACCAGUUCUACUCAAUAUUGAUAGUGACUACGGAUAACUGGGCAGCAUUUUUGAUGUUCUAUAUCAAUCUCUAUAACAAUUUUUCAUGCAUUUCAUGCGAGUUCCAGUUCGUCAGUCUAUGCUGGCUGAUCCAGUCUCGCAUCAGAGGAAUUUUGGAAGAACUCAAAGAAAUACUCGUCAAGAAUGUUAUGGAUGGUAGAUGGUUCCAUGAUGAACAAACUCAAACGUUUAGAGAAAUCCACCAAACUGCUCACGGAAAUCUGCGUUAAGAUAAACUCGCUGUACAACUUCCAACUAUUCGUCAUUCUCAGUGGGCUCACUCUGAAUACCUUGUUCAACUUCUAUUUCGCAAUUUUCGGAGGAUUUGAAAAACACUCUCACAAGACUAGUAUUUCGUUCCAAAAGAUAUCAAACAUUGUCAACGAUGUGCUGUGGAGCUUCUAUUACUUUGCAAGGUUCUUUUUUAUCUGUGUGGUGGGAGGACUUGUAACUGAUAAGGCAAAUCAACCAAAAAGGAUCAUCAGUGAGAUAUUAUUGAAACCAUUUUCCGAAGAGAUAAAGCAAAAGUUAUGGGAGUAUCUGGUUUAUGUUAAAACACACAAAAUCGAAUUUUCUGCAUGUGGGUUUUUCAAAGUGAACAUAGCGCUGAUAACAUCGGCAGUGUCCAUUGGAACAACAUACCUGGUGAUAUUGGCCCAAUUCCAAAACAAGCAAUAAUGAUUUUCUUAAGCCAACAAUCAAUGAGAAGCUUUAAUAUUAAUAUAGCAUCUACCGCUAGCAUAGUUGUAAAAACAGCAAUAAUUACG